GUUAUAGUUAUAUAGCUAUAUACAUAUCAACGCAAAAUAAGGGAGAGCUAUAUUAUCUUCAACAUGGCGGAUAUAUUUAGCACUACCGAAAAUAAUCUUAACUUCAAUAAUAAGAAAAAUAUUAUAGGUGGUGGUUUAAGGGUUUAUUCAAUGUGUGGUGGUGCUAAUAUAAGUGAAGUUGAACAUGAGAUAUCUAGAAACGGCAGUCAAUAUAGUCUUACCACCGGAAUAUUACCAUCUCUUGGUGCACGUAGCAAUCGCCGUGUUAAGCUACGGAAUUUCAUCAUCUCCCCUUAUGAUCGCCGUUACAGGACAUGGGAGACGUAUCUAGUAGUUUUGGUACUCUACACAGCAUGGGUAUCCCCAUUUGAAUUCGGUUUCCUUGAACAACCAAGAAGACCACUAUCAGUCAUUGAUAACAUUGUCAAUGGGUUUUUUGCCAUUGACAUCAUACUUACAUUCUUUGUAGCAUAUCUCAAUAAAAGUACCUAUCUUCUUGUCGACAACCCGAAGCAGAUUGCUUGGAGGUAUGCAAGCACUUGGUUGAUUUUUGAUAUCAUCGCUACGAUCCCUUCUGAACUAGCCAACAAGAUUGCUACUAGUUCCUUGCAAUCCUAUGGAUUAUUCAACAUGUUUAGACUAUGGCGUUUGCGCAGAGUUAGUGCCUUGUUUGCCAGAUUGGAGAAAGAUAGGAACUUCAACUACUUUUGGGUUCGAUGCGCCAAGCUUGUUUUUGUUACUCUCUUCGCUGUACACAGUGCCGGGUGUUUCUACUAUUAUCUUGCUGCCAAUUAUCCUAAAGCUAGCAAUACGUGGAUAGGAUUUAAUAAUACAGAUUUUAAGGAACAGAGCUUGGGGAUCCGUUAUGUGACAUCUAUGUACUGGUCCAUCACGACACUAACCACCGUGGGAUACGGAGAUUUGCAUGCACAAAAUCGAAGGGAGAUGAUUUUUGUCAUAUGCUACAUGCUUUUCAACCUCGGAUUGACAUCCUAUCUUAUAGGAAAUAUGACAAACUUGGUUGUACACGGCACGAGUAAAACUAGACAAUUUAGGGACACCAUUCAAGCAGCCUCCAGUUUUGCUCAUAGGAAUCAGUUGCCCGUUCGGUUGCAAGAUCAGAUGCUUGCACAUUUGUGUCUCAAGUUUAGAACUGAUUCAGAAGGACUUCAACAACAAGAGACUAUUGAUUCGCUUCCAAAAGCAAUACGAUCAAGCAUUUCUCAUUUCCUUUUUUACUCGCUUCUAGAUAAGGCCUACUUGUUUAGGGGGGUGUCCAACGACUUGCUCUUUCAGCUGGUUUCAGAAAUGAAAGCUGAAUAUUUUCCUCCAAAGGAAGAUGUUAUCUUGCAGAAUGAAGCGCCGACAGAUUUUUACAUUCUUGUUACUGGAGCAGUGGAACUACUUGUUAUGAAAAAUGGAGUUGAACAGGUUGUGCAUGAAGCAAGACCUGGUGACCUCUGUGGUGAAAUUGGGGUUCUUUGUUAUAGACCUCAACUUUUCACAGUUCGCACUAAAAGAUUAAGCCAGUUACUAAGGUUAAACCGAACAACAUUCUUGAACAUUGUUCAAGCUAAUGUCGGAGACGGGACAAUUAUCAUGAAUAAUCUCCUCCAGCAUUUGAAAGACGUAGACGAUCCACUUAUGGAUGGAGUGUUGUUGGAAACGGAGAACAUGCUCGCUCAUGGUAGGAUGGACUUGCCCCUAAGUCUGUGCUUUGCCACACUUAGAGGAGACGAUUUGUUGUUGCAGAAAUUGUUAAAGAAAGGUCUUGAUCCAAAUGAAUCGGACAAUAAUGGAAGAACCGCUUUGCACAUAGCUGCGUCAAAAGGAAGUGAGAACUCUGUUCUUCUGCUGCUUGAUUAUGGGGCAGACCCCAGCUGCAAAGAUUCAGAAGGGAACGUUCCAUUGUGGGAGGCUAUGAUAGGCAACCAUGAGAUGGUAGUCAAAGUGUUAGCAGAUAACGGUGCAAGCCUAUCUUCUGGUGACGUAGGGCAGUUUUCGUGCAUUGCAUCUGAGCAAAACAACUUAAAUUUACUCAAGAAAAUAACACGCCAUGGAGGGGACGUAACUCGUUCUAGAAACGAUGGAUCGACAGCUCUUCAUGUUGCAGUCUGUGAAGGAAAUAUCGAAAUCGUGAAAUACCUAUUAGACCAAGGAGCCAACAUUGACCAACAAGAUCAUCAAGGAUGGACCCCCCGAGACUUGGCUGACCAACAAGGACACGAAGAUAUAAAAACCCUCUUCCUGACUGUAAAGUUCACAGAUGACCAACAGCUCACCAGCACGACUCCACUCGUCUCAAUCCCCGAGGAGAAAGAUGCACAUGAUUUUCUACACGUGAAGUUUCUCGGGAGGUUUAAAAGUGAGCCAGCAAUAUUCCGGCCAAGUUCACAAUAUGCCGAUGAUGGAUCUUUGAGUCGACAUAGGAGAAGAAAAGGUGACAAUUUUCACAAUUCUCUGUUUGGUAUAAUGUUGAAUGCUCGAGAGGGGGAGACGAGUAUAGACUUGUCCCCGAGGCCCAAAAGUAUGACAAUUGUUGGCAAGAGGGAAAUCCAUGGUAGGGUGGUUGUAAGUUGCCCCACGAAAGGAGACAUUGCAGGGAAACUAGUUUUAUUACCAAAAACAUUCCAGGAAGUAUUGGAGAUUGGUGUAAAAAAAUAUGGGUUUUUGCCUUCAAAAGUUGUAAACAAAGAGGGGGCUGAAGUAGAUGAAAUAGAAGUAAUUAGGGAUGGUGAUCAUCUAGUUUUUGUGGGGGACUCAAAACAGACAGUCCAGGAAUCAGAUAAGCAAGAUGGUAAAAGCCAAAGAUAACAUUAGAAUAUAGUUUUGUACUUUCUGUCGUAAUUGUUAGAUUGGCAAGAACGCAAGGUGGUGAAAUCUAACAUCAGCAUCCAAUCUUUGUAAUCAUAAAUCUCUUUGUUUUGUAAUAUGUCAGCGCAAGCAAUUAUAUAAAUCUGUCACUUUCUUCCUAAUA